CCGUUGCAAGCUCAUCCCAGCCCACGAAGAAAAGUAAAGGGGCUACCUUCCUCUCUUUCUCUCUCACACACGCACACCCUGCGCACUCGCCGCUCCGACUGCAUCUGGAAAUGGCCUCCGAGAUCAAUAAGUCGCCCAUUGGAGCCCUCAAGAAGUUGAUGGGCAGCGGAAUCUCCUCCAUCCUCUUCCGAGGCUUCAACUCCUCCAAAUGCAAAGCGGAGGCGAAGAUGGCGAUGUUUAGGAUCAAGCUGCUGCGGAACAAGCGGGAGGCGCAGGUGCGGCAGAUGCGGCGUGAUGUCGCCCUUCUCCUCGAAUCCGGCCGCAACGAGACAGCUCGCAUCAGAGUUGAGCAUGUUAUACGUGAACAAAAUGUUAUGGCAGCUAAUGACAUCAUUGAACUUUUUUGCGAGCUGAUAGUUGCUCGCCUACCUAUCAUUGCCAAACAAAGGGAGUGCCCGCUAGAUCUAAAAGAAGGAAUUUCGAGCUUGAUCUUUGCCUCUCCAAGGUGCUCAGACAUUCCAGAGCUUAGCCGACUUCUUCUUAUCUUUGAAAAGAAAUAUGGAAAAGAGUUUGUAUCUACUGCAACUGAACUGCGACCUGAAUCUGAAGUUAAUCGCAUGUUAAUUCAGAAGCUAUCAGUGAGGAAACCUACUGGUGAAGUCAAGCUGAAAGUCUUGAAGGAAAUAGCAAAGGAGUAUCAGGUUCAAUGGGAUUCAACAGAAUCAGAGCAAGAGCUACUCAAACCUCCAGAGGAAGUUAUAGAAGGACCACGGGAAUUUGCAGAUGCCAAAAACAUUCCUGUUAGACCUACAUUUCCUAUACAACCAAAGGAUUAUAACAGGCCUAACAAUAACAGAGAAUGGCAAUUCAAUGACCCGGCCUCAGCUGCUCAAGCUGCUUCCGAAUCUGCUGAAAAAGCAAUUUACGCUACACAAGCUGAUGCUCAUCUUCCCAGUCAGAGUUCUCAUCCAUUUGAUCUGUCAACACCUGUGGAUACCUUGGCAUGCAAAUGUAGAAACUUUAAUCAGGCAGAGCUUCAGAGAGAGUCUCAGGAAUUAAGCCAACUAUCAGGGGCAUAUGCUCCUUCAAAUUAUGAGGCCAAGGCCGUCGAGAAGAGGUUCUUCAGCUCUAAGAGUUUCAAUUUAUCAAACACUUUGGAUGAUGAUAUCAUGGACACUGCCAACCUGAAUGAGAAGAAGAUACUAAGAAGGAACAGUUGCAUCAGUCCGACUGUUAAUUCGGAGAUAAAGUUUGAUGACUCAGAUGGUCUUGAAUCAGAGACUGAUGGAGAGCAGGAAAUGGAGUCGCCUUCCCCUCCCAAUGUACCUCCUCCAGUUUUGCCUCCACAACAAAUUAAUUCAUUCACUCAUGUUCAUCCAAACUUGCCUGAUUAUUCAGCACUGGCUGCUCGCUUUGAAGCUUUGAAAUCUCACAGGAUUUGAGUUAAAACUGGUGAAUCUAACACAUGCAUCGAAUUGCAUAUAGAUCAUAUUUAAGUGCUUAUGCUAUUGGUAAUUCUUUAAGGCAUGAUUGGUUAUCAAUUUUUCUGUAAUUUUCAACUUGAUCAUAACAAUCUCGAUAAGCUUUAGACCAUUUUGUCCUACAAAGUACUGUAAUGCAAUUGAAUUACAUUAUUCUGAUAA